GUCGUCUCAAUGGAGUACUCCACGAUAUCUGCUCUAGUCCGCAGUGCGAAGGAGACGAUCAUGAACUGGGACCUCUGGCUUCGUCGUCUGCGCAUCGUGGUUCAGAAUGAGCUGGAGUUCCAGCACUUCGGCAACCUGCACAACCUUGCCCCGCGGCACUGGAAGGAGCCCCCGUUCGCAUGGCACCUCCGUGAGGCGGCGACGGGGUUCAAGGAUCAGCCGCGCCCUGAGCCGCUGAUGAAG